AUGUCGGCCCCCAUUAAAAUCGCUGUCCUGGACGAUUAUCAGGGCAUCUCGGAGCCCAAAUUCAAAGCUCUCAAUCCUACCAAAUAUGCCGUCUCCUUCUUCCCCGACACCUUGCGCCCAUACAACAACCCCGAUACCCCAGAGGAAGUCAAAGACAAGCUCGUUGCCCGCCUCGAACCCUUCACCAUCAUCUCUACCAUGCGCGAACGCACUCCCUUCCCAGCCGCUCUCAUCGCCCAUCUACCAAACCUCCGCCUCCUCCUAACGACAGGCACCCGCAACCGUGGCCUCGAUCUAGACGCUCUGCGCGACCGUGGCAUCCCAGUCGCAGGCUCGGUCGACCGUUCCCCGCUCGCCACCACCGUCAGCGCCGGGGUCGAUAGCACCUCGGAGCACUGUAUCGCGCUCAUUUUGGCGGCGGCGCGUAAUAUUGUGUGGGAUGAUGCUGCUGUCAAAGCUGGGAAGUGGCAGAGCGCGCCGGCGGUGAGUUUGAGGGGGAAGGUGCUUGGGUUGGUGGGGCUGGGUAGGUUGGGGAUGGUGGUUGGGAAGGUGCUGGUGAGCGCGUUUGGGAUGAAGGUGGUGGCGUGGAGUGAGAAUUUGACGCAGGAGAAGGCUGAUGAGGCGGCGAGGAACGGUGGAUUGGCAGUGGAGAAUCCUGCGACUGGGGAGAAGACGUUCAAGGUGGUUGGUAAGGAGGAGUUGUUUAAGACGGCAGAUGUGGUGAGUGUGCAUCUGGUGCUUUCGGAGCGGUCAAAGGGGGUGAUUGGACGCAAGGAGCUGGAGGUGAUGAAGAAGUCCGCGGUGUUUGUGAACACAUCCCGAGGGCCGUUGGUGGUAGAGGAGGAUUUGUUGGGGGUGCUGGAGGAGGGUAGGAUUCGAGAGGCGGCACUGGAUGUGUUUGAUCUUGAGCCCCUGCCGCUGGACAGCCGAUGGCGGACAACUAAGUGGGGUGAGGAUGGUAGGAGUCGGGUAGUGCUGUCACCGCACAUGGGGUAUGCGGAGGAGUCGACCCUGAAUUCGUGGUAUGACCAACAGGUAGAGAACCUGUUACGGUGGGAGAAGGGGGACGCGUUGAGUAAUUUGCUGUAA